AUGACGGUCCACAAUCUCGCAGAGUACGUAGCCUACCAUCAAGCCAAGCUGCGUGAAGAGCGAGCUCAGGCUGCCCCUGCAAAAAGAUAUGGUGUUAACCCCCUCCACAGCAAACCCUCCUUCCGCACCUCCGUGUACAACGCCGGCGGCGACAAACUCGUCGUGGUCGACUGCUUCGCCACCUGGUGCGGACCCUGCAAGGUCAUCGCCCCGGAACUCGUCAAAUUCUCCGAAUCACCCGAGUUCAAGGACAAGGUCGCCUUCUACAAGAUUGACGUCGACGAGGUCCCCGACAUCGCCCAGGAGCUCGGUGUCCGCGCCAUGCCCACAUUCAUGCUCUUCAAGAACGGCGAGAAGGUCGGCGAGGUCGUCGGUGCCAACAAGAAAGCUCUCGAACAGGCCAUCAAGGACAACUUGUAG